AUGGCUGGAACAACCAAGCAAUGGGUGAUUGAGAACAAGGACAAUGACUUCGACGGCCUAGUCUGCAAGGAGGUCCCAAUCCCGCCAGUCGGGGAGUUUGAGGUGCUGGUGAAGCUUAACGCAGCGUCGCUGAAUUAUCGCGACUUGAUCAUUCCAAAGGGCCUGUACCCGUUCCCAACUAAGUUCCCUGUUGUCGCUGGAUCCGACGGUGCCGGUGAGGUCGUUGUGGUCGGGGCCAAGGUGACCGAGUUCAAGAAAGGUGAUCAAGUAGCGACGGUCUUCAACCAGGGCCACCAGUAUGGUCCGAUUGAUAUUCCAGCUACACAGACUGGACUGGGAGGUGUGAUUGACGGUGUGCUCCGUAAAUACGGUGUAUUCGCCGAAAAGGGCCUCGUCAAGGCAGCAAAGAACCUCUCCGCAAUCGAAAACAGUACACUUACCUGCGCAGCGUUGACGAGUUGGAAUGCCUUGUACGGCCUAAAGCCUCUGAAGCCUGGUCAAUAUGUCCUCGUACAAGGCACAGGCGGUGUUAGCAUGUUUGCUCUACAGUUCGCCAAAGCCGCUGGUGCGGUCGUGAUUGCGACCACGUCCUCCGCAUCAAAGGCCGAGAAGUUGAAGACUCUGGGUGCAGACCAUAUCAUCAACUACAGGGAGGAUGCUAACUGGGGUGAGACCGCUAAGAAGUUGACACCAGAUGGUGCUGGCGUGGAUCAUAUUAUUGAGGUUGGCGGAUCGGGAACGCUCAAGCAGAGUUUCAAAGCUAUCAAGUAUGAGGGUGUGAUCAGCGUGAUUGGAUUCCUCGGCGGGGUCGAUCCGAAGACCCAGCCCAGUGUUAUUGACACGCUGGGCCAUAUUUGCACUGUUCGUGGAGUGUAUGUUGGUAGCAAGGCCUUGAUGAAGGAUAUGAUUCGUGCCAUCGAGGCCAACGAUAUCCAUCCAGUUGUGGAUGAGAAGGUGUUUAACUUUGAUCAGACUCGCGAGGCAUAUGAACACAUGUGGGGCCAGAAUCACUUUGGAAAGCUGACCAUCAAGAUCCACUAA